CCAGCAUCCACAAACCAAAUUGACAUUUCUCCACACGUGUUGUGUUUGUUUACGAUUUCCCUAUCAAUUUUUUUUUCGGUUUUUCAUUUUUUUUAUAAAAAUUCUACAAAAAAUCAAAUAAAAAUCAACCCAAAAAAUGUCUUCCGAGGAAGAAUUCCACCGCUGGCUAAACCGCUCUGAAAAAACCUUUGAAGAAAAUUUCCACUUUGCCAUCAAAUCAUGGAAAUCUUCAGAAUUUCCAUUAUCAAGUAAAUAUGAAAAAAUACUUGAAUGGUUUUCAAGUAAAACAAAAUUACUUGGCAAAACUACAGAAGAUUUUAAUGAAAAUCUUUUCAAUGAAUUCUUAUCACUUAAAUGUCCUUUGGGAUCAAUCGAUUUGACAAUAAAAAGAAAUUUCAUUGAAAAAAUCCUUAAAUGGACAAAUAAUUGGAAAAGUCACAAUAACCGUAAACCAAUUGAAAUUUUAUUUCAAAUUACUGAACUCGAAAUGAUGCAAGAUUUAUUUCGAACUGAAUACGAAAUUUAUGCCCGAGUUUUGGGCAAAAUUUUUAAAAUGUAUGAAAAUUAUUUAAGAGAAUUUGAUACUCUUCUUGUUGGAAGAGAAUCUGAAUUAUUUAAUAAAAUCAUAGAAACUGUCAAAUCACGUGCCACAAAAACUGGCAAUUUGAAAGAAUUCGAAGAGAAAUUCACUGAAUUUGCUUUUCAACCUUUAAUUGAGUUGAUUAUUGUCUUUCAAGACAAAGGAAUCAAAUUCUUUGAUGAUCUCUUAGAUCUACAAAAGACACUCUUUCAUGAUUAUGUUAAGAGUAAAUUUAUUGAUAAAGUCUCCAAACUUUCCACUCAUGUCAAUUUACUGGCUUUUGAAUGUGCCAUUGUUAAUUAUCGUGGCGAUAUCAAAUUCUAUUCAGAACUAAUCAAAGCCAUCUUUCUUAAAGUUCACUCUGAAGACAUGUCCAAAAAUCAAGGUUUAAUUCUAACAAUUAUAGCCUACACUUUGGAAAUGUUUCGAAAACAUGAUAUAUCUUUGAAUUUCGAAGUUAGUCCCCAAACAACUGCCAUUCAGUUGCUAUUGAAAGAAAUUCAAUCUUUGACUAUUGAGUGUCAAGAGGAGCAUCUGCUAGAAGUUCUUAAUCUUCUUUGUGCAACUCUCCGCCUUAAUCCAUUGAUUCUCGAAAAGAGUGUAUUCGAAAUUACAGCCAGAAUGAUGGUGGCUAAGAAAAAUGAUCAGGAACAGAAAGUAUUCGAGGAGUACUUAAUUCUGUUGAUGGACAUGUUCCGAAAGCUAAGUAGAGCUGAAAAAUUUGUGGGAAGUCUCCAAAAAUCUGUGAGGGAACUAUUGGCUACUCAUCAAGUUCCAAAGAAAGCAAAGAAACGUAGAACUAUUACAGAAUCUGGAGAAGAAGUCUCCAGCAAAAAGAUCAAACUUGAAAAUGGAGAAAUGAAAGUCUCCACUUUGAAUGAGGAGACUAAUUUCUAUCUUGAAAUCUUAUUUAAUGAUUUCCAUCAACAUCCAGAAUCGAAGAGUAAAACUGAAAAAGUCUCCAGUUUUCCUUAUAUAGACUAUGCAUGGCCAACAAGUUCAGUUGGUCUUGGAUUCUCCAAACUGAUCAUUGGUCUAAUGUCUAAACCAUCAUUGGUCAUUUGGAAGACAUUGAUUUAUGCUCUUAAAGAGCUCAUAUCCAACACAACUACCCUCGAUGAUAAUACUUUGUUCCUAUUUGACUUUUAUUCGUCUCUCCUUUGUCAGUAUUUCUCUGGUUGUAAGCUUCCAGAGCAGUCGGACAAAUUUUGGGCUGAAAUCGAAUCCAAUCGACAACUUACUCGAGGAACUCUUAAAGAAUUUGGUCAUUUUUUGUUGGCCCAGGAGCAUAAUAAUCGAACAAUGAAUGCAUUUUUAGAAUGCAGUUACCACGCUGGGUUGUUUGAUCUUCUUUUGUGGUAUUAUCGACCGGAUUUUAUGACCAAUGAUGAAAAUUUCUCUGAAUCAUCGAAAACUCUUCAUGGAUAUCUUUCGGAUGAUGAAUGGAUGUUGAUUAAGCAAAGGAUUAUUAAUUUUGGACGAAUUGAGUGUAAAUUCAAUGCGAAUCGUUUACUCCUUCAGCAGUUGAAGGGAAGAAUAUUGUUCCAGAAGAAGAAGUCGGUACAUUUGCAGAAGACGAUGUUGGCACCAGCGUCAUCGGAUUUUGAACAGACUAAGUUAGCCUUCUCCGGAGUAAAUGACAGCUCUUGGUUGUUGUCGAAUAUGAAUUCGAAGGAGAAACAUGAAAUUUGUGAACUUUUAGUUCAAGAACUUGAUUUGGAGAUGAUUGAAUGUUUUACUGAAGAUAUUGAAGCUUUGGAGAUGAUUUUACUUGAAUUGUAUCGAAAGGUUGGAACAUUGUUUCAAGAAAGUAAGAAGGCAAUUUUAAGUAAAAUUGAUUUUGAUGGAGAUGUCGAGGUGAUUGCGAAGACUGUUGUGGAGAAGAAGGAAGACUAUUCGGUGAAGAAGGUGGAAGUUGAUAGUUUGAGGGACGUUCUUGAUAUUAUUGGGAAACUUCCAAUUGGCUGUUGUAGAAAGGCAAAGAAGGAGUUAUUUUUUGUCCUGCAAUUGGCUGUUUUUCGAGAUUUGAAAGCAUCUGAGGAAGAUGAAUUGGCUAAGAUGGCUUUUGAGAGUCUUACAGAUCUUUUGCAUUUUGGUGAUCAAAUUCAAAUAUUCAAAUACUUCCCAGUUGAUCGAUUAGCUCUCAUUCAACCACCAUCUCAAGCUAUUGAGUUUUAUGAGUAUAUUUUCUCAACUCUAAGAUUUGAUGUAGAUCUUGCUGAGGAAUUUUUUAAAGCUAUUCAUCAAAUUUUGGAAUAUAAUCAAUCGGAGCUAACCGAUGAUCAUAUAAAGCUUUUAUUGAUGUCAAUUGAAACUCUUACACAAAAAAAUACCCAUAAAAAGUUAAAGAAAUUUUUAGAUGGAAUAUUGGGAAUUUAUGCAUCACAUGUGAUGGAAUAUUUUAAAGAAGAAACAGAAAGGAAAGCUAAGAAAGAUAAGAAAUUUGUGGAGAAGACAUUGUCUGGAUUUGUUGUUUAUGCCAAGUCGAUAUUGGCAAAGACGAAAGUUGAUGAAGAGAUGGAUGAGAAUUUUAGGAGAGUUUGCAAGAUUUAUAUUGGAUAUUCGAUGGACUGUCACAAUCCCCACGCUAUCAAACUUAUUAUGGUAGCCCUAACAAAUCAUGCCAUUCUGCACUUUGAUCAAGAUGAAAUCGAAUUUGUCUUGAAUAGCUACUGGAAACAAUUGAAUGAAGAUUUGAAGGCAUCCAAGUUGGAUGAGAAAACUGCCGAAUCGGUGAUCAAAAUUGUUAUCAGUAACAAGACGAAUGAAGAUCUUCUCUUUAUGUUGAAGAAAAUUGGAAAAAAUAUUCCAAAAGAAGACUUUGGUUAUAUUUGUAGACUUUUAGGACUAAUUGCUAAGUGUCCAUUUAGUACAAUUAAAGGAGCGAUUUUUAAUGAACAUUUUAAAUUGAUCACCUUCAACAUGGUUCUUCGGUUAGAAAAAGAUGAUCAAUGCCAAAUUGUUGACUACGAAACAGUUCUAAGCAUGUUAGAGUGCCAAAAAGCUUUUGCUGAAAACUCCCAGAUCCCACUAUCCUAUGACACUCUCGAUGAUAUCUUAGCUUUUAUGAUGGAUAUCAAUGUGAAAAAAUUCCCUGUAGGCGAUACCAAUGUUAAACUUUUUAACUCUGUCCAUCAGGCAAUGACUGAAUUGUGUACAAUUCUCAUCAAACAUCGACAUUUGAUAUUGAUGGAUAGAGUUCCUCAAUUUGUGCAUAUUUUCAAAGAUCUCCUUCAAGCAAUUUGUUGGUAUAAAAGUGAUCGUCAAAAGGAUACAGCUUUGGCUACUGAAGAAGUAGAUGGUUUGGCUGAGUUGGCUUUGAAAAUGGAAAGUCUUAUGCAUUUAAUUGCCACACAUAGUUUGGAAGUUAAACGAGUUGCUCCGUAUGUUCUAACAUUCACCAUCAAUCUUAUGGUUUCCAAUAAGAGACCAACAACACUUUAUCCUAAGAUUAAAACACACAUUGAAAAUAUUUGCUAUGAUUUGGUAGCUGUUUGUGAUCAUCGUGUUGGAAGAUUCAUUUUGAGAUGUUCGAAUGAAGCAGCAAGACAAGUUUACGAAGUUCUGGUUAAGGAUCAUAAAAAAUAUCAUAAAUUUAAGGGAAAAGUGUAAAGAGUUUUUUGUUUUUACUUUAUUUUUUUUUAUUUUUUGU